UCAAGCACCUGUUUCACGAUCCGGCUGAAAUCAAUACUGCGUUGCUAUGGCGCGCUAUCAACCCUAUUGUUUACGUAGCACACACGCGCUUAAUCCACCAACCUGCAACCCGACUUACGUACAACACACAGGCUAGGGAAAAGACACGCACAACAGACAGAAAAACACCGGUAAAUCCUUCGCGAAGUACAUAAAUUGGGGGAGAUAUCUAUUAAUUUCUGAAACUUUAGGACGCUAACUGUAAAUAUGGCCGACCAAGAGCAAGAAGAGCAGGUUAGUCAACAACAAGAAGUACAAGAAGAACAAAAAGAAGAAGAAAAGAAAGAAGAAAAGAAAAAGGACAAAAACAAAGAGGGAGGAAGUGAUAAAGGAUUAAGCCCGAGAGAUAAGAGAAACAAAGCUUUCAUUGCCGCUGAGUUCAAUAGGUUGAGAGAGAGUUUGGAUGUAGAGAAGACGAAAAUAACAAAACCAGAAUGCAAAGAAUAUUCCCCUUUUAUCUGGACAAGUUUAGAACCUUACCACAAUACAUAUACAGUCAACUAUCUUCUAGAUUAUCCUGAACAUGUUCAACAUGGGUACAUCACGCGGAAGACAGCCAUUGGCAUCGUCGACCCUGAAGUCUCACAUAACAUGGAUGUAUCAUUAGAUGAGGUUCCAAAGUCCAGUCCAAGAUCACCAAGGGAAGAGUAUGUUGUACCAAAGAUCCACAGAGGAGAGAAGGCCAAGGCAGCCAAGGGAAGUACCAGAUUACCCCAAUGGCCGGUCGUCAAGUAUAACAGACCUUCUAUGGCUAACGAGAGGCAGCUGAAUUGGGGCGAUGUUCCCAAAUUAAGAGAGGACCUGCACAUGAAGUACAGCAGUAAUGCCCAGGACAGAAUGAAAUAUGACUCUAAGCGGACCAAGCACGACUGGUAUCGGAUGGAUCUAGCAGAACUCAAAGACAUCAAUGAAGUCAGCCGUAGCCACAUGAAAAUAACCUGCCACGCCUACCUAGGGACCUCAGCAGGCUCUAAGAAAGCCAUCGCCUCUUUGGCUAAAGUCCUUGAAUGAAGCUCUGAUCGGCCAAUCACUGAUGCUGUUAUAUAUAUAAAAAGACUCUUUUAAAAUCCUGUAAAUAGCUGGAAUAUUUUAUUAAAGGAUUGUAUUUUGAUGUCUCUUCCAAAUCUUUUUCUUACCUCAAAGGUGUCUUCAUGUGUUGAGUCUUCUCAUUGGCUGAUUGGUUUCUGGCCAACCGAAACGCAUUAGAGAACACUAGUGGAUCCAUGAGAUGGGGAAUGGGGCAAAUUAGCUGCGAUUCUAAUUUUGAUGAAGCUUUAUGAAAUGCUUUCUCAAAGCUCAUCCCUAUUUUCCUUUCCUUUCACCGAUAGUUGCCAUUUUCUCUCUUUGCUAUGGGUGUGUCAAUCAGGAGAAAAUUCCUUGACUCCCAGAAUUAUCUUGGAUCCACUGCAUAUGAAUAAAAAUUGGGGUCUACAUGAGAUAGAGGCUUCAAUAUAGAUAUUGAGUUCAGGGGAGCGUUUCAUGAAAGGACUUGUCAGACGUUUUAUCCGACAAGUACCAUUUUAUCCAAUAGUUACCAUAGUAACAGUGCCUCACAGCCAAUCAGAGUCAGGGAAAAGAUGUCAGAUCUGACAACUUGUCGGACAAAAAUGUUGAUGAAACGGUCCCCUGGAGUUUGGUCUCACAGCAAUUCAAAGAAGCCUUAUGACAGGAAUGGCAACGGUUGUCAGCAGUACAAGUCUCCUGCUCCAACCAACUGAUUAAUGCCUUGCAUGAGGAUCUCUUGUUUGGAACCAUUGCUAAACUCCAGUUCAGUACUGUAUAGGAAUCCUGUUUCACCUAUGCAUAUACCGAAACCUGGCUAGUGCUUGCCAGACAGACAAAAUUUCUAUUUGGUGUACUGUAUUCAUUUAUGUAAGACUAUGCAACUUUUCUACAUGUGUAGAACAAUAAUUGUAUGGAUAUUCUGUAUUGUCUUCAAUUCUUAUGAUUUGCGCUUUCAUUUUUUUUCCUUCAAUUGUUUUUGUGUUGGCAAUCGUGAGUGAGUUGGUAAAACUUGCCCAAAGUGAUGUCGUGAUUGGUUUUUCCUUUCAGAGAAGCAAACUACAGUCUUAAUCUCACAGGAGAGCUGUAUGCAAUGUCAAAGAAAUCAUAUCACUUCUUAUACUAAAACUACUUACGUCUGUAAGACUACGUCUGUUUUCAAACUGGGAUGUUGUAAGAAAAUUCCAGUUUGUAAUUCACUGUUUCUGUUCUUAUUUUCUUAUGGUAGUGGUGGGGGGUGGCUCAAAUUUUUCAGAUUGAGUCAUAAAACAGCAGCUGAUCAACAGAAUUCACAGCUUAUUUUAAGGUUGAUAAUAUUAUUGGACAAAUAAUAAAUCUUCUCUGCUGUGGAACUUUUAGAGAUGUCCUAGAGUACUUCAGGAUCAUGAUGCAGUGUUGCACAUAUUUCAUAUGACAAUAAAACAGAUGCUUCGUUGGCAUGGUAACAAUAAACAUUCAAUUGAUUGUACAGUUGUGUGUAAUCACAAAACGUCUGUAGCAAACAAGCAUUUACGAUCAAUUAUAAAUAUUAAUUGUAUAUCUUUAUUUUACAGGGUCAAGGGGGCCAAGGAAUUAUCUCAAGUUUUAUUUUCAUUUCAAAUAUUUGUAACACUGCAUGAAAAUCCUGAAAAUGUGUUUUUAACACAUUUCAGAAACAUAUUAAUUUUAAAAACAUUUUUGUGUCAAACAAUUUAAUUAAAGGGCAUUUUAUAUAUAUUUCAUGCAUAUGAUUUUUGCAAACCCCUCCCAGUGUGUGAAUAUAUAAAAUUCUCAAGUGUUCUUUUUUUUUUAAGAGAAUCAUUCACAUCACAUUAAAGUAUGUGUAUGGUGCUUUAUAUGACAUGGGACUUGUAAUUUGAUUUCUUCCAGUUGAAAAAUAUAAUUGUAUUGGGAUUUUCUUCUCUAAGUUUUCUUCCAUUAUAUUAAUUUUUUAAAGUUUGAAUGUCAGUGUUUUUAAGCAAUAUUGAUAAUACACUGGUGUCUUCAAAUUGAAAUCCAGCGUUUUCCUUUGUGUAUGACAAUAUAAAGACACAUUCCCAUUCAAACCAUUGUUCUUACUACAUUAUUUUGCAUUUUUGUUAUUACACUUAUAGCGUUCAUUCCAAAUCUUCUGUAUAAUUAUGUUCCUGUAUUUUUGUUUAUACUUCAAUUUUUGUGAUUCUUGAAAAUGUAUUAUCCCAUGUAUGAACUCCGUCCAUUUCAUAUUUGGGUCUUAUGUAACAAUAUUAUGUGGUUAACACCGUCCAUACUGUUUGUACUGGUAUUUGAGAUGCAUAAUGUUUUAGAAAUUGAUUGGUAAAUAUGUAAUGUGAAUCAAUGAAGUAUUAAUGUAGUUUAUUAUGUGAAUCCAUAUUUAAAUAUGUUUAUUGGUAAAUUCAUUUUGAAAAAGAAAUGAAAUUGAAUAAUGCUUCUCUUAUAUGUUGUUGUUGAAACAUUGUGUACUUUGCAAAGAUUUGGUUGUUGGGUUGGUAAAGCUGCCUGAAGAGAGAGCUUGAAUGUUAAUGCAAGAAAAGAAAAGGAAGUUGGAGAUGCAAGAGAUUAAGAAAAUGACUUGUGCUUAUGUGUGACAGAGAUACCGAGAAUGUAAUUGUUCGGGAGAAACGGGGGCGCUAAACGACGGAGAUACAAAGAUUUGAUAAAGUAUAAGGGGAGGGAAAAGGGCAGUGAGUAAUAUUCUUUUGAUAAAGAAACCACAGAGAUAAGAAAAAAAGUCAAAACUUUAAAACGAAAAUCUAAUGUGUGCGAGCAAUUUAUGCCAUUGGCCUAAAAAAGUAGACCGACGCCCAUGAUCACAGAGGCACUUGUUAGCCCGUGUAAGCAGGUUGUCGAAUGACUCGGUCUUGUAUCAUCAAAAUAAAUACAACAAAUUUCCUUUUUUGUAAUAUCUCACCAAUUGUACCUUGUAUUGUUAUCUACUUCCGUUUGUGUAUAUGUAUAUAUAUAUUAUUUUCGGGGGUAUAUUACACCUUAUCGAGGAAUGUGCUUUCCAAAUAUUUUUCUUUCUAUGCCAAGAAGAAAAGAAGGAUAUAACAAUAUUGAUAUAUUAUACCACCGUCAAUGGAAUCGUUAAUACAUUUUAUAUGCGACUCCUGUGAUGAUUGGUCAUGUAGGGAACACAAUAUAUGAUAAGAAGAAUUAGGAAACAUAUAAAAUCAAAUAAUACAACUCUAAUAAUGAAGAGAGAGAAAAAGGAAACCCUUUAUUAUAUAUCAAUUUUUAUAGUUCAUAGUUAUUUUCUUGAGUAAUUUUGAAAUAUUGAAUCUCCGUGAGUGCAAAAUAGAUAAUGAAAACGAUAAUAACAACGCAAAGUACAAUAAUAGAUAAUAAUGAUGAUAAUUAUUAUCAUAAUUAUAAUAUGAUGAACCCGUCAACUUACUAUAACUACAAACAAAUUCUAUCGUCUGAACAUGAUCAAUAAUUUAUUAUCAUACCAAAAUAUUAUCAAAAUAUAAUUCAAAUCAAACGUAUUAGGUUCAGUUAUUAUUAUAUAAGUAAAUUAUUAUAGUAUCAACUUUAUCAAACACUAUGUACAGUGGAUUAUAUCUAUCAUUAAUUUAAGAAUAAAGAUCAAGAUACCAAAAUAAUUGAAAUAUUCAUAAGAUGAUAAAAGGCAUACAAUCACCAAAAUUUAAAAUAAAACUGUAGAGAUAUCGAACAACCAAAGUAACCACGCUUGUUUCCGGGUAAAACACUCGUCAUCAAAAUCAUAUAAAGUUUUUUUCAAAAUGAGUAGCCUAUAUAUGCAUGUUUAUAUACAGACAUUAAAUACAAAGACCACCCGACAACAAGAUCAUUUUGAUACAUCGAUAAAAUAAAAGAUUUCCACUAAAAAUAAUUAAAUCUCGUGAAAGUAUCAAAGAAAGUUCAGACAUUUAAAUAAUUAUUAUCAUACAAAAUGGUUUAAACCACAACAUUUGUGCAAACGAGAGAGUAUAUAGAUGAGACCACACGCUCGCUCUUUCUUUUUCAUUUCAUUUAUAAUGAAUUUCAUUUUUUCUAUUUUGUACAUCUUGAUUGACUGAUAACUAGUUGAAGUAUAAUGGAAAGUUCGCCUAUUUACAGAGCGGUCAAACCAUAAUUAUUUUACAUCGAAUAAAGAAACACUUAACUAUUUCACAUCAUAUAGAAUACAAAAGGAAUAUUAAGCUUGUGCGCCAACUGUUCUCUCAUUUCCUAUUACCGCCAGAGUUAUGCAAAUUAGGCAAAAUGUUAUAAAUUUCUUAUAUUACAUACGAAUUGGAUGAAACUAUUUUUAGCUUUAUACUUGAUCAAUUUGCCCUGUAAAAUCGUAAUGAAAUAUUGUGAACACACAUUUUCUAAAUACAUAUUCAAACGCAGACGAUAAUCUCAUGACGUAACAAAUUGUAAAGUUUCCUGAUCUAAUACAAACCAACACACAAAAGGAAUGAAAACGCUGAAAACAAAGAAAAGUGAAGUGUAUUUAUAUGCAUAUGUGAAUUUGAUGUUUGUUUAAUUGUAUAUUUACAAGGG